AUGCCUCCUGCCGUCAGCGACUACCCGGACGACCUGAUCCGGUGCUACACCGGCCGGCAGAAGAUAAAGGACUUUUUGGAGACGUUCGUCAAGGAGGCGCGCCCGGCGAUGUGGGUGGUGUUUCACUCGUACUUCAACCUUCCACCCUGGGAUGUUCUUCGGAAGGAGCUGGAGAGUGAUCUGCCGGACGAGGACGAAGAGCAGUUCGACGAUGACCCGGACGGCGCGAGCAGUAGCGACGUUGAUGAAGAGGACGAUGACGAUGAUUGA